ACAUACGCAACAACAAAAAAAGAAGCGCGUUUACGCUACGUACACUCCGUUGACAGGACAGCGCGCCAAAUUUUGUAAACAAAGCAAGUGAAGCUUUCAACCAAAUAUCCACCAUUUUGAUAAAGAAGAAGGUUUCAAGGUCGCAGUUGUAAAUGAGAACUUGCCUCAACUGGCCUACCUGGUUAAAGAAAGUUUCAAUCGCAGAUUUCCCUUUUAACCUAAAGUUGAGAGAUCGGGAUGUGGCUACUCGACCAGUGUCAAGCACUGUUCAACACCUCCAGCCUCUAUGGGGUGCUGGGCGUUUCCAAGGAUGCGACAGACGCAGAGAUCCGACACAGCUACUACAAGGUGUCGCUCAGGGUUCACCCAGAUCGUGCUCCCGAAGACCUGCAGGCAACAGAGAAAUUUCAGGUGCUUGGGAAGUUAUAUGCCGUGUUGAGUGACAAGGAGCAGAGGGCAGUGUAUGAUGAGCAGGGACUUGUGGCUGAGGAAUCUGACUCACUGCAGCAGGACCAAUGCUGGGAGGAGUACUGGAGGUUGCUGUUCCCUAAGAUCACAUUGGAGGACAUCCAGGAGUUUGAGAGGAAGUACAAAGGCACGGAGGAGGAGAGGCAGGAUGUGAUGCAGAUUUACCUGCAGCACCAGGGGAACAUGGACGCCAUCAUGGCCUCAGCCCUGUGCUGCUCUCAGGAGGACGAGCCCAGGAUCACAGCCCUUAUACAGACAGCCAUCCAGGCAGGGGAGCUCACGGCCUACCCUGCUUUCACCCAGGAGAGCACCAGGAAGAAGAAAACACGCAAACAUAAGGCUGAUGAAGAAAGACAAGAAGCUGAGGAGAGGCAGAGAGAGAUGGGACUCAAUUAUGCUGAUGACAGUCUUGUAAUUAUGUUAAAGCAAAAGCAGAAGUCCAGAGAGCAGAAUUUAAACUCUUUCCUGUCUGACCUGGAAGCUAAAUACUCCAAGGGAGGAAAAGCCAAAGCAGGAGGGAACGGAAAAAAGUGAAGACUUCAAACCCUUGAAGGUAGAGGUUAAGUUGGACUUGCCAUUCGGGUCAUCCUACGAAAAUUGUCUUUCCUGUCCCCUACCUUAACCACCAGGAUAAACACGUAUGUUAGAUAAUGACAUGUUGUUUUAAUUUAAGUGUUUUGUUAAUAAAACAUAUGUAAAACAGAUAUUGCAAACUAUUUGUAUAUAGUGCGUUCAGAAAGUAUUCAGACCCCUUGAUUUUUUCCCCCCACAGUACUACUUUACAGCCUUAUUCUAAAAUGUAUUAAAAAACAUGUUUUUCCUCAAUCUACACAUAAUACCCCAUAAUG